AUGGAGGGAAUCAAGGUAUUUGCACCCGAUUCUGAGCACGUGUGGCUGCCUGGUGUGAUCUGCGGUGCCAGAGCCGAUGGCAAGCAGCUGACUGUGCGGCUUGAUGAGGUCGUGGGGCCGCGAGAUCCGUCGGUAUUGGAAUUGAUUCCAUCCGAGCGCGAGCUCGAAUCGUUUGCUGGUACACAGCGAUCCGUGGACCUUACCGAUGCGCUGGUCCUGGAAGCACUUAAUGCCAAGAAUACGUCGGUAGAAUUGGCAGAUAACAAACCGUCGUUACCGUUACAAAAUACAAGUGACAGUGCAAAUGGGUUCGAAGACAUGAUUCUCAUUGAUCAUUUGCAUGAGGCCUCAAUUCUCUAUAAUUUGAGAAGGAGGUUUUUUCAGCGAUUGCCAUAUACCUAUACUGGCCGAAUUUGUAUCGCAGUAAACCCGUAUCAGUGGCUGGAUCUUUAUUCCAAGUCUACAAUGGAAAAAUUUAGUGACGGAAAAAGGGAAAAUAAACCUCCGCACGUUUAUGCCGUAUCCAUGGAGGCUUUUUUCAAUAUGAGACAAAAACAGGAAAAUCAAAGUAUUUUAGUCUCGGGCGAGUCAGGAGCAGGAAAAACAGAGACAACGAAGAUCGUCAUGAGCCAUUUAGCUGCUUUGGCUACCAAUUCGAAUUCAAAGGUUAUUCAGCAGAUUAUUCAGGCCAAUCCGCUGCUCGAGUCGUUUGGCAAUGCCAAGACCGUGCGCAACGACAAUUCCAGUCGUUUUGGGAAGUUCACGGAGCUUCAGUACACUAUCGAGGGCCAAUUGAUUGGCGCCAGAUCUCGGACAUAUUUACUGGAGAAGAGUCGAGUUACGACACAAGCACAAGGAGAACGAAACUUUCAUAUUUUCUACCAAUUGCUGGCGCAGCGCAAACAGUUUCCGGAACUGGAGCUUGAUAUGGUGGACUCAUUUCAGUACGUGUCUGUCCAGACUCAAGGUCCCGGUGAUGACGAAGAAGGCGACCUUAGUCGCACACGAGAGGCACUAGAGCUUGUCGGCAUCGAACAGCCGUUGCAGCAGGAGAUUAUCCAGAUUUUAGGCGCUGUGCUACAUUUGGGUGAGACGGAGUUCACUACACGAAAUGGCGAUGUGGAUGCCUCGCAACUGCUGGAUGUGAAGCACUUCACUGUGGCUUGUCGUCUGCUUGGUGUUGAUCCGGACGCGUUGGAGCGUGCGGUGUGCAACCGUAACGUGUUUGUGGGUCGUGAAGUGAUCUUGAAGCCAAUGACGCACGACCAGGCGGCAGAUUGUCGUGACGCGCUGGCCAAAAGCUUGUAUUCGAAGUUGUUUUUGUGGCUUGUGGAGCAGAUAAACCAGACUAUUGGAGUGAAGAUUAAGGGGGCAGGCUCGUUCAUUGGAAUUUUGGAUAUCUUUGGUUUUGAGCACUUUGAGACCAACUCGUUCGAACAGUUUUGCAUUAACUACGCCAACGAAAAAUUGCAGCAAAAGUUCGUGCAGGACGUGCUCAAGACGGUACAAAUCGAGUACGAAGAGGAGAACAUUUCGUGGUCUCACAUCCUUUUUGCGGACAACCAGGACGUGCUAAAUCUUAUUGAAGGCCGCCUGGGUGUCAUCAGCUUUUUAAACGAGGAGUCGCUACUUGCCACCGGUACGGACGCGUCGUUCGCAAGCAAACUGAGUGCAGUAAUGGAAAAUAAUCCGCUUUUGGAGACUCCUCGGCUGAACAAGUGCGCUUUCUCCAUCUACCACUACGCUGGUAAGGUAACUUACGAUGCGUCGGGCUUCCUUGACAAACACCGUGACGCCAUUUUGCCGGAUAUUAAGCAGUGCAUGAGCAAGUCCAAGCUCAAAAUUUUGUGUAAGAUGUUUACGGACGACGUCAAUGCUAGCAAUGCUGUUAUAAAUGGUACCAGUGCCCGCAGCAGGGCGCGCAGCAGCAGCGUUAAGAAAAAGGGGGGACAUGCCCAAACUCGUCGUACUACUGUGGGCACACAGUUCAAGGAGAGUUUGUCACAGCUAAUGGAAAAAAUCGGCCUCACGGAGGUGCACUAUGUGCGUUGUCUGAAACCCAACCCGUUAAAGAGUGCUCACUGCUUCUCACACGGAGAUAUCGUUAGCCAGCUGCGUUGUGCUGGUGUCAUUGAGGCCAUUCGAGUGUCUCGCAGCGCGUAUCCCAGUCGCAUGCCGCAUCAGGAGUGUAUCAAGAAGUUCCGCGUGCUGCUUACCGGUGCAGUUCCGACACAGAACAAAUUCUUACGCGACUCAGAUACGGAGCAUAUGAAGACCCAAUGCGAGGAGUUGAUGGAAAAGCUUUUGCCUGGACGCAACAUCAGUGAUUAUCAGGUGGGUCUGACCCGCGUUUACUUUCGAGAGAGUGUUUUGGAAGAGUUGGAGACAAAAAGAGGCUGGGCGCUGCGUAAAUACGCAAUCGUCUUACAGAAGAAUGUGCGUAGUUGGCUUAUGCGCAGGUAUUUCAUGCGGCAAAAGCUGGAAAUUGUGGUCAUCCAAAAGUACUGGCGCCGCUAUGUGGUUCGCAAACAGUAUUUGACGUUGCGUCGAGGUUUAGUGCGGCUGCAGACUCAAGCCCGCGGUGUUUCGGCUCGCAAGAUGUACCGCGUGCUUAAGUUUGACUACCGCAUUGUUCGUUUCCAGGCCCACUGCCGUAUGCACACGGAGCGAAAGCGUUACCUCAAGAAAGUUGAUGCUGUAAGACGGCUGCAAGGCUUUUUCCGUUUUUCACUUUUGCGUCUCGUGUUUCUGCGUAAGAUGGAAAAGGAGAAAGCUUACAAAGAGCUUGGCUCUAAGGUUGCACAACUUCAAAUGAAGCUAGACAGAAAGCAAGUGCAUACUGGAACGAAAAUGUCUCCAUCAAGUAAGACUCGUUCACUUAGUCCGUCAGAUUUACCUAACGCGUCAGGACCAGGCAGCGACCGUGGUACAUCCAGCAACAGCUCGACCCGGGGCUCGAUGCUCAACAAUCGAUUCAGCGGUACUAGCGGUAUUUUGGACGAGAGUCACGAAGUGAUCACUGCACUCCACGAAGAAAACGAGAAGUUGCGUCAGCAGUUAGAGAAGCAGGAGUUUGAAAUCCAGCGCCUCAAGACUGAGAACCGUACGUUGAAAAACUGGCAACAGUCUAAGGAGGUGGGCGAGCAGGUGCAAAAGCUGGCCUAUCGCGACCAAGAAAGUAAGGACUUGACAUAUUUGGCGGCAAUUGAGACGGAAUACGAGAAACUCCGCUCGUACAUUUGCGAAUUACGAGACCUGCCUUCAGAAAUAGGCAGUAUCAUGCAAGCCAACAACGCUGGUCCAGCUUCUGGUGGGCGUGGCUCGCUGACGUCGAUAUCGUCGGACAAGUCGCCUCUUGCCACGGCUGCAGUCAACGGCAUCAUGGACCAAAAGUCGGCCGAGGCGCACCACUUGCUACUGAAAAGUGCUGCACGCAUCGGGCAUGCCAAGAGCAAGGUCUCAAGCAAGGGCAACGCACGCCGGGUAAAAGAUCACUGGGAAGAGAUUCGCAAUUUUCCGCCGUCCAUGCACUAUAAUCUGGGCUCUGUGCCAUGGAAGCGAUUGCUCACGGAUUGGGCGCAGGGUAACCCGAAAAAGUUGGAUUACAUGACGCGAUGGCUCAAGAACGUUUUGGAUGGCGGUCCAAUUGUGUCGGACACUUUCCCGAUGGGCGUUGAGCUCAAGUACGUGACUCCAAUGAUGUUGGAUGGAUUUAUGCAGCUUGUUAUCCCGAAGCUUGCGGAGCGGCCAGAUAUCCAGGUACAUGUGCACACGAAAGAAUUUAUAGGAACGAGCAUGCGGAUCACUUUGUCACAGUUGGAGCAGCAACAAGGAAAUGGUUGGGGUUCUCUAGCCCACCCCCGCAUGGAGCGCUCACCACCUUUGGAGGUCGAAGACUUCCAGCGGAUUUCGAUUCUAGCCAACAAUGAUAACCGUGGCUCAAGCAGUCGGAUGUCCACCUCGACGUUGAGUCUUUCCCCGAUGGAAUCGAGCUCUGGCAUGUCGUCAGGCAGUCCAAGUAGCUACCGCUCCAGUAUUUUCCGCUCAGGUCGUAGCAACUACAGCAGCGAUCAUAACUCGCGCAACUCUUUUUUUCAUCGAAACAAGUAA